GAGAAAAAAUAAUUCCUUAAGUUUUAAGGUUAACCACGCAAAUUUACAAAGUGAAUAACAUUCUUGUAUUACAAGGACGGAAAAGUAAAUUCGUACGGAGCGAAUCCACGUGGCAGAUGUGGCUAGAGCGUUUGGAGGUGCAUUUCACAGAAGUGGCGAUCACGUUGGACGACUCCAAACAGGCGACAUUGCUGAAGUCAGUUGGCUCGGAAGCCUAUUGUGUAUUACACAGUCUCUGCAGUCCAGAAUUACCGACAAGUAAAACAUACAAAGAACUAUGCGCCAUGCUACACACCCAGUAUACACCGCCAGCAAUCACAUUCUACGAACGCAGGCAAUUUCAUCUGGCUCGUAAACUCGCUGAAGAAUCGGUGGCAACAUGGUUUGCAAGGGUAAAAAAGCUAGCGCUCAACUGCACUUUUGGACAGCAUCUAGAAGCAUUUGUUCUAGACAAGUUCAUCGUUGGAAUGUCCAACGAGCUGUUUGAAAGAUUUUGCAAGGAAGACGGGAGUAUAUCCCUGGAUGCGGCACUGAGGAAGGCGUUACUGUACGAGACCAAGUUGGCGACUGGAGGAAAGCAGGACCAGGUCAGACGGAAUGGUCAAUUUCGUAAACAAGACGCAACAUUUGCAAGUGGCGAAAGGCAAAAAGCGGCAGCCAUGUUCAAGAUGCGGAUGGCGAAAUCAUUCAUCACAGGAGUUAUCUUAGGUAAAGGUUCAGAGGAAGUGUACACACUUACUGUUGUAGUGGAUGGCAUCAAAAUUGGUGCAGCAUGUGACACGGGUGCACCUUGUAACCUGAUCCCUGUAGAUCUAUUUCGAGAAAUGAAAACGCCCAAUUUAAAAUUCGUACGGAGCGAAUCCACGUGGCAGAUGUGGCUAGAGCGUUUGGAGGUGCAUUUCACAGAAGUGGCGAUCACGUUGGACGACUCCAAACAGGCGACAUUGCUGAAGUCAGUUGGCUCGGAAGCCUAUUGUGUAUUACACAGUCUCUGCAGUCCAGAAUUACCGACAAGUAAAACAUACAAAGAACUAUGCGCCAUGCUACACACCCAGUAUACACCGCCAGCAAUCACAUUCUACGAACGCAGGCAAUUUCAUCUGGCUCGUAAACUCGCUGAAGAAUCGGUGGCAACAUGGUUUGCAAGGGUAAAAAAGCUAGCGCUCAACUGCACUUUUGGACAGCAUCUAGAAGCAUUUGUUCUAGACAAGUUCAUCGUUGGAAUGUCCAACGAGCUGUUUGAAAGAUUUUGCAAGGAAGACGGGAGUAUAUCCCUGGAUGCGGCACUGAGGAAGGCGUUACUGUACGAGACCAAGUUGGCGACUGGAGGAAAGCAGGACCAGGUCAGACGGAAUGGUCAAUUUCGUAAACAAGACGCAACAUUUGCAAGUGGCGAAAGGCAAAAAGCGGCAGCCAUGUUCAAGAUGCGGAUGGCGAAAUCAUUCAUCACAGGAGUGUAAGUACAAGGACAGUACUGUGGCAAAAUUGGACAUCUUGCAACUAGAUGUAAAGCAACUAAAGGCAGAAAUGUAAACUUUGUAUCUGAUCCAAAU